AUGGCUUUGGAUUUACGCUUGCACUCUCCUGCAGGCGCGGAACCUGUUGUUUAUACAUGGCCCCUCACAUCGGGUCAUGGCUCGGACAAACACGAUGGAGCGUUAGAAAUAGUAGAGACAAUAAGAUGGGUCUGCGACGACCUGCCGGAGAUGAAAGGUGCAUUGGAGAAAAACAUCUUAAGCGAUUACGACACCCACUCAUACGAAAGUAUGAGGGCCUUAUGCGAUCGCUUCAACCGCGCCAUAGACUCUGUUGUAGCUCUAGAAAAAGGAACUUCACUGCCAGCUCAGCGUUUAAACAAAUAUCCCUCACGUGGUCUUCUAAAACAUAUUUUACAACAAACCUACAAUCAAGCCGUCUCAGAUCCUGACAAACUUAACCAAUAUGAACCGUUCUCGCCCGAGGUAUACGGAGAGACGUCGUACGAACUAGUCUGUCAGAUGAUAGAUCAGAUAAAUAUAUCAGCUGAGGAUGUGUUCGUUGACUUGGGAUCGGGCGUGGGGCAGGUGGUGCUGCAGAUGGCCGCCGCCACACCAUGCCGCAUCUGUUUCGGAGUCGAGAAAGCUGAAGUGCCUAGCAAAUAUGCUGAGAGUAUGGAUUUACAUUUUAGAAUGUGGAUGAGAUGGUAUGGGAAGAAGUAUGGAGAAUAUAAAUUAAUAAAAGGCGAUUUCCUGAUGGAUGAGCAUAGAGAGAAAAUUAAUUCCGCCACCAUUGUGUUCGUCAAUAAUUUUGCAUUCGGUCCCCAUGUGGACCAUCAAUUGAAAGAGAGGUUUGCCGACCUCAAGGAUGGAGCUAAGAUUGUCUCGUCUAAGAGCUUCUGCCCUCUCAACUUUAGGAUAACGGAUAGAAAUCUGAGCGACAUUGGGACAAUCAUGCACGUUAGCGAAAUGUCGCCGCUCAAAGGCUCCGUUUCUUGGACCGGCAAACCCGUAUCAUACUAUUUACAUAUAAUAGAUAGGACCAAAUUGGAGAGAUACUUUCAAAGACUGAAAAAUCCGAAACUCAAGGUCAGCAAAAGGAACUGCCAGGAGGAGGCCGAGGGGAAGAGGAACGUGAGCGCGCCUCCCACGAGACAACCCACACCCGACCUGUUGAACGGGAACAGUAACCACAGCACCGGCUCGCUACCAGAGAGACGGAGGAAGGUCGCCCGUCCGAGACCCAUCAGGGGUGAAGCCGGACGAACUCGAGCGCGCGUAGCGGCGGCGGCCAAGAGGCGCGUGGUGCGGCGCUCCAGCGACGAGAGUGAGGAAGAAUCCAGCGGCACCGACGAGCCGCCGGGACCGGAGCCCGCGCCGAGAGAGUGGGGGGCGCCCUGGGCCUCCUCGCCGCACUCCAAUCGGAACCGGCGCACUACUAACAAGCGCAGCGCCAGCGCCGGCGGUGCGCGUCGUCGUGCCGCCCGCGCCAAGCGUCGCCGCGCCGCGCCGGCCGCCAUCGCCGGGCUGGACCUGCUGCACUCCACGACUCUGGCGUCCACGCUGCACGCGGGCGCGGUGACGGCGCCGCCCCCGGGCUGCGUGGAGCAGCGUCUGUCAGCGCUGGGCGUGCAGCUGCAGCCGGCCGACCGCCUGCACUCGGAGCUGGACAUCCCCCGCGCGCCGCACGCGCCCUACUCCCUGCAGCUGCUGCUCGACAUGUUCCGCGACCAGUACCUCGCCUUCAUCCGCCGCAUGAACACACCCGACUACGCACUAGAGAUUCGAGCUCAAAUCGACAAAGAGAAGGAAAGAAAUCAAAAACUGAAGUCUCGCGCAUCUCAGUUGGAUAAACAGAUCAACGUAUUAAUUAGCGACAGCGUGGCUUUGUUGAAGGCACGGAUGAGCGAGUUGGGGAUACACGCGAACAAUACGGUCGACCUGCUGGCCAAGGCGAAAGAGAUUGUGGGGAGACACAAAGAGUUACAGAGCAAAGCAAGCAAAUUACAGGCUCAGGUGAAUAAUAUAGAGGCUGAACAAGCGAUGCUUGUGAAACAACGAACUUUUGAAAUUACAGAGAAGUAUAGGCAGCUGGGACAUAUACCCCCAGAUGUAGAGAUCACGCAGAGUAUAGCUCACGAUUGUAUAUUGAAGGAGAUCUCGGCGACGUUGGCGCACAGGAAACGGCUUCAUGCACAGGUCGGACACUUGCAGAACGAGAUCAUUCAAAUGGAACGAGCCAGCGAACAACAGAAGGUGGCCACUGCCACUGUACCCGUGGCCACCGUCAAACCUCACACUGUCAAUUCUAAGCCGAGAAAAUCAAGGGAACAUCGGUCACGUUCACAAGAAUGGCCCGAUGUACCGGACGUGGGGAAGAUCGAAGAACAAAACCCAGAGAUCCUGGCCCAAAAGAUAUUAGAGACUGGCAGACAGAUCGAGGCUGGCAAGAUUACUAAACCGAAUGUCAUUGUAAAUGGGUAUAUAAGAGAUCCUGAAAGACAUGUUGAUCAUAGGCAGGGUCGGGCGGUCGCUCGAGCCGCGCCGCCGCUGGCGCGACACUCACCCGUCAAGUCCCAGAAGCCGCUCAACGUGGUGGCCAAGGUACAGGAGUCACCGAAGGUCAUCAACUUCGAAGACCGACUCAAGAGCAUCAUCACGUCCGUCCUCAACGAGGACCAGGAACAGAGGAAGGCGUCGCGGCUAGAGCCUCGUCAAGCAGUAGCGAAUCAAGCGUACGCUAACGGGUACGUCCGACCCGUAGCGGUGACGUCCAGCACGCUCGGCGCGUACGCAGCGAGGCCGGCCGUCUCCGCCGCGCCGCCAGCCGUGUCGCCGUACGCGCGGGGCCUGCGGGACGUGCGGGACGCGAGGGACGCUCGUGACGUACGGGACGUUCGUGACGCACGGGACGCGAGGGACGUGCGGGACAUGCGGCGGGAACGCUUCGGCUUCGACCGGCGGGAGCCCCGGCCGCACCCGCACCACGAAGCACGGCCGCCGGACAUGCGUCAUCAUCACUCCGCGCAGCCUGAUUACACACAGGUGUCUCCGGCGAAAUUGGCACUGCGUCGGCACCUAUCACAAGAGAGGUUGGCGGCGCCAGGGGCUCGCACCAUCGGCGACCUCGUCAACGGAGAGAUCGAGCGCACGCUAGAGAUAUCCAAUCAGAGCAUCAUCAACGCAGCCGUCCACAUGAGCGCGCGCUACCACGAACCUGCGGCCGCGCACCAGCCGCUUGAGGGUCUAGCCGCCUGUUUACAAGCGCGAGUUCUAGCGUCGGAGUACUGGCGUGGGCGGAACGGGCCCGCGCCCGCCGGCGACCGGCAGGAGGAGGCCGGCCGGCGGCGCUCGCCCGCGCCCGACCCUCACUCCAACACCUCCACGCCGCUCGUCGACGAGCCGCCGGAGCCCCGGCCGGCCGCGCCCGACGCCGAGGCCGGCGAGGAGGUCGAGGAGAGCAAGUGGCAGGACCGGAUAGCGUUUCGCUUCGAUCAGAUCAUAUCGUUCGCCUCCACCGCCAUGGACGACAAGCGGCGGAGGUCCGACGAGGCGUGCAACACCUCUCCCGACUCCGGUAUAGGUCACGGCGAGGCGGCCCGCGGCGCCGCAGACGGCGUCACUACCGCGCCGGCGGGAGAGACGGGCGGGGGAGACGCCCCGGGCGCGCCGCCGGCGGCCGAGCCUGCGCCGGUCCGCCGCUCGCCGUCCCCGCCGGCGCCGCACCACUUCAAGAAGCGUUUCUUCCGCCGCGAGCGGUGGGGUGCCUGGUCGUCGGGCACGCCGCCACCCGCCGCCGUGGAGUGGGAGCGCCCGCCGAUGUGA